AUGAUGAUCGAGUUAGCGCCAAUGGUAGGGAACGCAGAGAUUCAAGCGAGUCUUGACCCUCAUGCUACAGGGAUCUGCCCUGCAUGUAGCUGGAAAGCAAUAGGCGAUGAUUGCUGUUGGGAGAUAGGCGCCACCAGGUCAAGAGCUGAGGCGCUAAAGCUCCACAUCCUACAGCAGCACACCACGCCAGGGCAUCAGCCCACGCAAUUAGCAAGAAGGCUUAUGGAGGAAGCGAAAAAGGACAGUAGCGACGAGUACAAGGUCUUAAAAAAAGAGCAGCAGAGGAGGAACGUGGAGGGCUGUGAUUUCUGGCGUCUCCGGUCAGUAGGGCCGAAGAGAAAGGGCAAGAAGAAAUAUGCGGAGCGAUACUGGUGUAGGAUUUGCAAAGUCUCCUACUCUACAUCUUACGGAGCGAUGGUGCAACAUGACCAGGAACACAAGAAGCAGGAUCCGGCCAAGGUCUACAGAGUGGUGGAAUUUGGUAGUAAGAAGCAAAGCAGCCCAGGCCCCAGCAUAAGUGGGAUCAAAUACCGCCCUGAACAGCACGCCAUACACCCGCGAACGGGAUCACAUUAUCCGGGACCAGGAGUUCGCCUUGACUCGUUUAGGAUACCAGAUGAGCUACGCUGGAAAUGGAAAGCGAAGGACUAUCUGCGAUGUCUAAACUGCAAGAAGUGGAAGAUUGAGUUUCAAGAUGCGGAGAUGUCAAUGCAGGCUAGAGCAAAAAGGAUUGACUUAUAUAGAAGCCACAAAGAAAAGUGCAUAAAAAAGGUUAGAAAGUAAAAAGCCAACUGCAACAAUUAAGUCCUGCGAACGACCUCUUGCUAGGUAAAUGAAUGAAUGAAUGA